AACACUAAACACAAAAAUCUUUUAUGUAUUUUAUCGAUCGGUUUAUCCACCGAUUCAUAGGUCAUACAGACAUACAAAUCGUGAAUAACAUAAUAAUAAUUAAAAAAAAGUGGUAAACAAUGACCACAUUAUUAUUAUUCAUUAAUAGUUGUCUCAAAUAUUACCGCCGAAUGUUGUCUUAUUAGUGGCCAAAAUGGUCGAUAAUAUAUCACUUUUCAAAAAAACUUCAUACAUUUCAUCAGACAAUUCAGUGAUUAUUUCAAAGACAUCGCUUCACUAAACAAAACAAAAAAAACUGAGAAAUUGUUUUUCAUUUACUAAACAAUUCCGGUCUUUACUGCCGGUAAUGGACAACGAAACGGGCCGUAAGAUUGCAUUGGCCGGCGCUCUGAUGGCCGGAAUUGCCUACUUCGGUAUUUCGAUAUUACGCGAUGUGUUCAGUUCGGGCGGAGGUAACAGCAAUCGCGUGGACAACAAUCACCAUAAAAAGUCCCGAAAACGACGCAAAAGCGAUGUGACGGACAGUCGACACACUGCCGACAAUGCAUUAACUGUAACGUCUUGUUUUGGUCAUUCGCUAAGUAACGCUUCAUCGCAAACCGAUCUGACUCUACCGAUUGGCCAACGCGAGCGUACGGCUGCCUUCCGUAACAUUCCACCCGAACUGUGGUCGCCGUGGGCUAAGAGUAUCGAAGAACGUAUUCGCGAACUAAACAUACGUCUUGUCAAUACAACUAACUUUCAGUUUCGCCGAUCGUUUGGCGGUAGCAAUCAUUUGACGCCAAACAGACAGUACCGCAGUUGCGGUAAUACACCGAAACGUAACCUAUCGGGCAGUGCAAGUCCCGAUCCAUCGCUGGGGACGCUCAACGAAUCCACUGAUCGACUUUAUCGAUCAGUAUCAGACAAUUUGGAUGUCGUGGUCACCGAUCGAAACACCAAUAUUGGUAUUAAACGUGCCGUCAAUAUAUCAGUGCCGUCGGACACGGAAAUCCAGAUGAAUAAGAAAAAACUUGACAAACUAUUUGGCAAAUCUCAGCCAAAUCUGUCCCAACAGGACGCCAAAGGUUUGACGAUUUUACUCAUGAGUCGCGACGAAGAUCUCAUAAUUAAGACACUGUCUGUAAUUGCCAAUUGUUGCGCUUUCUCUGUGAAUAUCGAUACGAUAUGCGACUCGGGAUGUGUUCUCCUGUUAUAUGAAUUACUUUCCGAUAGAAGUCGUGCCGUACAGACAGCUACCAUUAAUGCCGUGGCCAAUGUGGCCAACAGUGAGAGGGCACAGGAGUUGCUUAGAGAAUGCAUUCCAUUGCUUAUAUCACACGUAAAGACAUCGGACAACGAUCUCUUAACCAAUUGGACGCUCCGAGCUCUGGCCAAUUUGGCGCUUAAAGAUUACAAUCAAAUACUAAUGGUGUCGGCAAUAGAUAAAUAUUUGUGCCUUUUGUCGCACCCGAACACUUCGCUUAGAUUACAGUCAAGCAAACUGUUGGUCAAUUUAUCGUCAAAUUCAGAAAUGGUUCCCUACUUAUUGGCCGCUAAGGCGCCCACAAAUCUAUAUGCACUGCUCGACUCUAGUCACGACAUGGAACUGGUCUUACGUGUGACCAAUUUCUUGGCCAACAUUAUCGACAUUACAUGUCUUCGCGAGCUUACGCCCAGAGAUCUUCCUGUCGAAUACAAAGCCUCAUCUCCGGAGACACUGUACUCAGCCAUCUAUGGUUUCGAGGCGACCGAACUUCUGCUGAAACGACUGAACGAUUUGGUUCGUGUGCCUCACGAAGAUGUGGUCUUUCAAGUAAAACGAAUUCUCAAGAAAGUCCGUUGAAGAAAAACUACCUCUAAGUUACAGAUAAAUUAUUAAAACAAUUAUUUUUAUUUGUGUCCAAAACAACUGUCAAUCUCUUUAACAGUACUUC